CCAGUGUCAACAAAAAUGGCGGAGAGAAGAAAAGCUCCUGCACCUGACGAGAGGAUACAAGAGACUGAUCGCCAGUUCCUGGAGAGGACCAAUAUUGGACACAUGGUAAAGGAUGUCCUUGCAAAGAUCAUAUCUAACAGGCCCGAUGACCCAAUAGACUUCCUGGCUGAUUACUUCGAGGCCCAGGAGGAGCAGAACAGUGCUGUGGAGAGAGCGCGGCAUGUGCUGCUAAUGACCCACCACAGCCGCCCAGUGUUUGAGAGCAACGUCAGGGUUGCCUAUGAUAUUUUGGGGAAAUUAAAAAUUGCCAACAGCAAAGGAGUGAAGAGGCGAGGUGUACAUGGAGCCAACUACACAGACCUCAUACAAAGCCUGUGUCGGGACAUGCCGCCCAUGGUGACCAGCAAACUGCGGAAACGGAUCGAGUGUACCGACUUUGAAGCCGUUCCUUACGAUGUGUUCAGAUCAGGGAUGUUCACCUGCUGUGUUCUACAAGACUACGCAAAGCUGUCUGAACUUUUGUUCCGCUCACUGGACGUCCAGAACUGUGGUAAGGCUGACAAGGUUCUGUGUGACGCCGUCCUGGACCAGCUUAGGACAGCUCUGGGCAGCUCCAGGAACGACGUCAAGAGGAUCAUGGAGUCUGGCUACAACCUCGGCCCAGAUGGACUGUACUUUGCUCUUGAUCGGGCUCUGAGCCGAGACCGGUCCGGUGGCUUCCAGACCAAUGAUCAGUUUGUGACGGAGGCGUGCGAGGCUUUUCUAACAAAGGUGAAAAAACUCACAUGACGUCAAUUUCAACUUUUCAUCACGUCAUUCACGUACCUCACAGUCGUCAAUCAUCUCACCUCGUUGCAUGAACAUUGUUUGUUGUCUAUAGCGAGCUCCAACUGCUUAUUCUUGUUAAUAUGUGGGAUUUAUUAACUAAGUUUGUGGUUGAGAAUUUCAGUGUGUCAGUGCUUUAAUAAUUACUAAUUGGUACAUGCUCUAAAUCGUCAAUAUCCAUGUAUGUAUGUAUUAUGGAGCUUCAACACAGAACAUAUUGGCUCUAAACUGUUUCCAGACCAUUGUGUCUGUAGACUGACGGACAUGUUUCACUUGACAAAUUAUUAAAAUAUUUUGUUCACGGUGUCUUGUAUGUAUCAUGUACAUAUUAAUUUAUUUUUACACAUUAAAAAUGUAUUUUUGAAAAAUGAUCAUUAUAUCAUUGGAAUAACCUAAGUUGUUGAAUAUCUUUUGAAUAAAACAUGUUAAAUGUAACCUUAUCUGCGCCUUAUGACAUGUGACCUGAUUAACAAGCAUGUAGUCUAUGCAGGUCGGUACCAUCUAUAUGAUUAAUGUGUCUAUUGAUGACAAAAGGACUUUGUGGCUUGAGAGAAGUAGGGAGAGACUAUUUUUAUAAGGGGUAUAUCUAUGUGAUACUAUUUUCCUAAAAUAAAUGUAAUGUAUGAGAAGCCUUAUACUUAAGAGUACCAUGUGUUUCAGACAUAGUUUUGUGUUGACUGUAUGUUGUAUGCAUGGAUACUGGUCACUGGGUACAAUCCCAUCUGUAUGUAGUCAGUUAACACUGUAUUUCCCUAUGUUCUCACAUGUUUACAACAAUGUCCAGGGGCAUGUGAGGCCAUGUGAUCGAUGGCAUUAAUAUUGGCUGUACAGAGUUGCAUCCCCUAGCAAGGCCAGGAUCUGCUGGUUCAUACCCAGAUAUACCCUGAUAAUAUUGCUGUGCAAAGUUGUGCCCCUGAAUCCCUGAUUUGACCCAGUUAUGAGUUGUCUUGCAACACCAGAGACCCAUCCCUGGUGUCCCCGCCGUGAUAUUGGUGGAAUGUUGCUUCUUGAAAAGCAGCAUAAACCCAAACUCACUCACUCACUCACUCACAUAUGGCCAUGAACCUGCAGACAAAGGAAAUAAAUAUGAGUGUUCUCUCUUUUUUAAACUUGAUGAAAUGCACAACUACAUACCAAAGCAAACAUUCAUACUUAAUGUGAAUCACAUCUGUUAUGUACACAGAUAAUGAGAUGCUUUGAACAUUUUAUUUAAAACAUUUAAAUAUAAAACAAUAAGAUGCCUCCUGACUCUAAUUACUACCUGUACUUAUGGCUUUAUGAGGGCUUUGCUUUCUGUUGUUCUGGGAAAUAAUGACAUAUAGUGCAUGUUCUGUAUAGAUCCCCUGUAUAGAAACUACCCCACAAUUGUCAUGAGCUAAUUGGUGAGGUGAGAUUAGGUGUGGUGAAAUGGCAUUUAACGUCGCAUUCAAGAUUAUUGCACUUUAUGGCGACAUGCAUGCACGUGUGUGCGUGCGUGCGCGUGUGUGAGCGCUUGUACUAAUCAGGACCAUUGCCGAUUUUAUAGUGCUAGCCCACUGUGAUAUCAUGCCGCAGUUUAACAUGAAUACCCCACUCCUAGCCAACCAGUCUUUAUUUUAUCACCUUGAUGCCUAUAUUGUAUGACACGGCCGGGGGUCAAACCACCAACCUUCCGCUCUCCGGACAGCCACUCAAUCCACUACAGAGGUGGCCCAAAGAGCUAACUGAGGAUUGGAUGGUUACCAUGUCUGACCUGGCUGAUGGUGUGUUAUCACGGCCUCAUGGCUUGAACUGUUGGUCAUGCAUAUUUCAGUGUUGCUUAUAUUUCAUAUUGGAGUUAUAAACAGUUCCAGAGUAGAGACAUCCUCAAAGGGCUGUUAUAUCCCUUAAACACUUCAAUUAUGGUCCUGUGUUUAAAGUCAACCAUGAAAACCGUGGAAACUUGUUAGGAAGGACUGGUGCCUUGACACAUACAUGUUAUGAACAGUACAUGAAUUAAGACUUCAUUUUCAUCUGAUUGGACUACCGUGCUGUACGUGUGUUUUGUGUUUGAGUUUGCUGAAUACUGACACAUUGACAAGAAUGUACUACAGCUUACAGUGUUUAGUCAGCUGCAUGGAUCACAAUCCCUUCACAUUAACAUCCACUUGAUUCCACUCCCAGUUCCCUAAAGGUAAGAAACCGUUGUCAUACAUACACACUUCACUCUCAUUUCUUGCAUCCAAAUAACAGUUCAUGUUUUCAAUAAUAGAGUGCAGCAAUACAUACGGUCUGUUAGUAUCAUUUUCAUGAACUUCUCUAAAGAGUAUUAAUAAAUAUUAAUUCCUUGUCCUGACAAGGACGUCUGCAAGUGUUUGUCAUGUUCUUGAUACUUUGAAAUUGAGCAUUGAAUGUUGUGAUAUUUAAAUUAGGCCUCUGUCUGUAUGUUUAAUGGUGAGGCAUCUGUCUGAAUAGUUCAUGGUGAGACUUCAGACUUCUUGUUUAAUUGUGAGGCCUCUAUAUUUGUGUUAAUUAGAUUCCUGUUUUCUGGUGUGUUUUUUAAUUGUUUGUUUUACAGAUUGUUUUCCAAAUCUGUAGGAUCGAUUUUUGGAAACAAUGCAACAUUUUAUGAGUAUUUUAUGAUUUUUUUAUAUCCCACAUACAAUGUUCGAAGCAUUUGUUGGUUGGUGGAUAUAAAUAAAUGAAGUAUAGAAAAUGGCUUGCAGAAUGUGCCAGUCAAGUUUCACUUUUCUGACCAUAUUUGAUUACCUUGAAGUUUUUGACAUCACUAAAAUGACUUACCACAUUCAACAAUAUCACAUUAUUCUCCUCAAAAUGUUUAUUUUAUUUCACAUUUUGGGUAGCCAUAUCUGUAACACAAUUAUUAAAAAAUGAAAGUCUAAAAUGAUUGAUGUAGGACAGAAAAACAAAGUUUUGAUUAAUGAUUUUCUUUUUAUACAGGUACAAGAGCUGUAACCAUGGUAAUAGCCUCUUGAAACAUGUGAAAGGAUAGAGAUAUCUUCAGCAAAACAUGACCGAUAUAUACAAUACCAUCUUACACUUUUGUUUGUUGUCUAUUUUUUUGUUGUGUUUCAAAGUUCAAGUCAGUGUCAUUUUGUCCUGUUUCCAAGAAUCAAACUAGCUAUGAAAUGAAUUAUGUAUCCAAG